CGGAGUUCUACUGGCACAUCGAACACAUCGUACUCUGGAACAUUUCGACCUAGGAAUUUUCGCCAACGUGUCUUUCAUCAAGUUUCCGAAGAGAAUUCCAUCAGGUUCCAGCUCUCUACGCACUGGACAGACUGCCACCGCGUUGCAAGCUCGCCGCCAGCUUACAAUGGCCUGGCGUAGUCACGGCUCGUCCAACAAUGGUCUCGUCGAUUGUCUUGCCGACAACGGUCUCAUCAAAACAGAUCGUGUAAAACAAGCCAUGAAGAGUGUCGACCGAGCACAUUACGCUCCAGCAGCGCCAUACAGAGAUAGUCCCCAAUCGAUAGGCCAUGCAGCCACGAUAUCUGCACCCCACAUGCACGCGAACGCCUGCGAAUCUGUACUUGAUUUCUUGCAACCCGGGGCCAAGGUGCUGGAUGUUGGCUCGGGAUCUGGAUACCUUACUCACGUCUUGGCCGAACUAGUGAAGCCUGGUGGCACAGUAGUUGGAGUCGAACACAUCCAACCGCUUGUGGACCUUGCUAAGAAGAACACCGAUAAGAGUUCUGAAGGUCGCCAACUACUUGCCAAUGGAAGUAUCACCUAUGUGAAGGCCGAUGGUAGAAAGGGUUGGACAGGCAAAGGCGGCGAAAAAGGUUACGAUGUCAUCCAUGUGGGUGCUGCUGCGGUCGGUUUCCAUCAAGAUCUCAUUGACCAGCUCAAACGUCCUGGAAGGCUUUUCAUGCCCGUUGGCGAGCGCGGUGAACAGUUCAUCUACAUUGUUGACAAGAAGGAAGACGGCUCUGUCGAGAAAAAGAAGCUCUACGGCGUAUCAUAUGUGCCUCUGACAGACGCACCCCAAGAGUAAAGCACAAGUGCUAUGCACAGCGGUCAAACAUCAUCAACGAUCUCGAUGGCUGUGGUUAUGCCAGGGUCGCGAAAAUCAUGAAUUGCUCUACGAAUUAUUCUAACGCUAGGUUCUCCCGCUUUCACGAUUUGACCAACCUCACUCUCUCGUUCUCGUCUCCAAUCAGUUGACCUUUCAUCUCUUUUGCCUUGUCUCUGAUCUCGUCUAGCGUCUCCAU